AACAGUGUUGGUGUAUAAUUUGUAUAGGUAACAAACUUGGUGUGUUGCUUUACUUUGGCCUGGGAGAUGUCUCGUGUUGGACAAGUUGCAAAAAGGAGCCUUCGACUGCUAACUUACACAAGACUGUUUAGCGGAGAAGCAUUCCUCAAAGCAGUUGGUUCCAGAAAUAUGACAACUGAGGUGGAAAAAGCACAUUUAGCUGACGAAGCCCGCAAAAAAUACGGCGAUCAUGUUGAAGAGACUAUAUUUAUGAAGAUUAUAAAGAAAGAAAUUCCAGCCAAAAUAUGUCACGAAGAUGAUAAAUGUCUGGCGUUUCACGACGUCAACCCGCAAGCUCCUGUUCAUUUUCUUGUUAUUCCGUUAGUGCCGGUACCGAGAUUGCAAGACGUAAAAGAAGACGAUAAAGACCUGCUUGGUCAUAUGAUGUACGUGGCGCGCCUUUGUGCUACAAAACUUGGUCUAGACGAAGAUGGCUACCGUCUUAUUGUUAAUAAUGGUCGAAAUGGCGCUCAAUCUGUUUUCCAUUUGCACAUUCAUGUUAUGGGGGGCAGACAAAUGAAUUGGCCACCAGGCUAAUAUAGGGAUAUGAGAUCGUGUAUAUUUUAUAGCAUUAAUAAACUGAUCAUUAUAUUA